UUGCCAAGAACCGUUUUCCUCCAAACUGUACUUGCUGACGAAGUUGAAAUUCAGCUCGCCCUAAAUCUCAGCAUAUGAUUGGCUCAAAGCUUCCUCACGACAUUAGCGUCGCUCAAUUGUUUCCAAAAAGGGUAUCGCGACAUGCCAAGCUCAUCUCGCUCAAUUGAUACUAUUUUGAGUAUAAACCCAGCCUCUCCCCUUGUCGAGUCACCGUCCUUCACAUCACCACGCGACAAGGAAGGUUGUGAAAAUGCCGGUUGGACCAUUCGAUAGACGCAAGAAACGAUCGCGGUGCCUUGCAUGUGCUGCAAGCCAUCUCAAGUGUUCUGGAAGUGUUCCGUGCAGUAAUUGUCUGAGAAGGAGGGUUGAGUGUGCUUUUGAGAAGCAGAAGGCCAAGCAGAUUUGGAUCAAUCAGGAUGAGUCUGGCAAAAAGAUGGUUACUAGGGUUUCAGCUGGUACCUGCAAAAGCCAGUCUCCCCGGCUGGAUAUGAACCCUACAGGUGAUCAGAUCUACUAUCUUUCUCACUAUUUUGACACGUUUUCGAGGCGGAACAACUGCAAUCCCAAGACGGACAUCUUCACUGAUGUUAUAAGCUUGAUGAAAGAUCAAGCGUUGGGGACAUUCCUUCACGAUGCUGUUCUUUCACUUGGCGCUAUGCAAGCAGUCAAGCUCAAUGCAUCAGAAGGCAUAGAGUCAAGCAAGACUUACAACUUGGCUGUGCACCACUACUCAAAGUCUGUGUUCGGCUUGAGACAGGCUCUUGAGAAGUUUGAUCAAGAACCCAGCGCCCGGCAUCGCAUUUUAUGGACUACCCACCUACUUGGUCUUUUUGAACUUAUGACCGAUGCAACUGGAGAAGGAUGGAUACAGCAUCUCGUCCACGGCACUUCCAAAGCCCUUGUUGCUGCUGGCCCAAAAUCAUGCCUAUCAGGUCAUGGACAACGCUUCUUCACCGAAAUACGAAUCUUUGAAGUCUGUCGAGCUAUAAUAUUUAACGAGUCUACGUUCCUCGCAAAAUCAGACUGGAGGUGUCUCACACAGCAGAUGCGGGCCAAGGAGCAAGGCAACAGUGAUCCUUUGGAUGAACUCUUGGAUAUCAUCGUCUCAUGCUCAACACUUCGUGUUCGAGCAAAGAACCUUAUCUACUACUCGGAUACAGAUACUAUUGAUCUCCCAAAACAUCUCGACGACGCUUUUGAUGUUGCUCAAGAAGGCUUCCAUCUGAGACAAGCUCUCAUCGACUGGGAAGCCAAAGACCAGCCUCUAAAACAACAGACUGCUGAGAAUGCGACUGGGAAUUUCUCAUCUUUGACAAAAGCGUUCUCCGCAGCAACAAGUAUCUACCUCUCCGGAGUUUUCGACUACGAGAUACCAUAUUGGCAGGACAUGGGGAUCGUGGCACCCAACUUGAGCGAAGAGGAGAUACAAAUGCAUGUCAUCAACAUUCUGACUCAUAGCAAUACUGUUUUGUAUAAUUCUUCUAUUUCACCGUUGCUGGUACUUUUUCCGCUCAGAGUUGCUGGUGCACGGUCUUGGCAGAGUUGGCAGCAGGAUUGUAUCAUGCAGAAUCUGUUGGUGGUUGAGAGGACGUUUCCUGUGGCUUCUGCUUUUAGGGCUGACUUGAUGGGGGUAUGGGCUCGGAUGAGCCCCCCGGUAUAGAGCAAAGGACUUUAAUCGCCUUAAUAUAAUCUUCGAUAAUAAACCGCAAUCUAUAAAAAGGUCUCUCCACCAUUAUUACACUUUUGCGAAA